AUGGGAUUUAAAUUCUGCUGGCUGGUUGAGCUUCUUGAAGGCCUCGAUGCUGCACGAGGGCAGAAACCUCUCUCGUCGUCCCGCGCCGUGAAGCCAGAACAUCUUGCGGUGGAGCGAUGGUUCAAAGAGUAUGGUCAUAAAGUCCCUAGACAUGGACCGUCGGCUGUUGCCUUCUUGUCCUGCAUCUUCCCAGAACGUCUAUCUCACCGGAGCUACGCUAUGCAAGAGACCCGCCUAGCCGCAGUCAUGGGCCGCGUUUUGCACCUUGGGUCUGGUCGUGCUGAGCGCUUGCGAAGAUGGCAUGAGUCCAAUCUCGACUUUGCAACCUGUCUCCAGCAGAUCAUGGCCGAGGCCGAGAUGCCUCUUCCUCAGCCCGGAAGCGAAGUCACCCUGGAGCAAAUUGAUGAAGCUCUGCUGCAAGUCGCGGCGAACUCCCCCUUCUCAUCACCGGAUAUCAAGAGAUCAGCCAAUGGCGUCUUGCCGCACGACGUUCUCAUGCCUAUCGUCCGACGGCUACAAAGCCGGGAAGCGAAGUGGCUCGUACGUAUGAUCUUGAAAUCGUACAGUCCUGUUCAGGUCCCCGAAUACAGCGUUAUGCAGACCUUUCAUUUCCUUCUUUCCGAUAUUCUGGCGGUACAGAACACUAUCGAGGCGGCUGUGGCGAUCCUGGGAGAGGAGGAUAUCAAGCCGCUCCCACCAAAUCCGCCGAAAGAACUAAGGCCUCUUUUCCGCAAAGCGUGUGCAAGAUAUGUCGUUCCCAGGCUAGGCGUCAUGGUUCAGCGACAGCCUUACUAUAAAGCCAGAAGCAUCCAUCACUGCUGUCAGAUGGCAAGUCAGCGGUCCAUGAGUGUGGAGAGAAAAUAUGAUGGCGAAUACUGUCAGAUCCAUAUCGACAGAUCCAAGGGCAAUAUGAACUGCAUACAAAUCUUUUCGAAAAGUGGCAAGAACUCCACGGAUGACAGAGUCCGUUUACACGGCGCAAUCACCGCAGGCUUACGGUUGAACGACCCUGACUGCGCUAUCAAACGAAAUUGUAUCGUCGAAGGAGAACUGCUGGUAUGGAGCCGGUCCAAGAAAGCCAUUCAGCCCUUCCACGUCAUUCGCAAGCAUGUUAUGCAUGGGCUGAGGUUUCUGGGCAACGAAGCAGAUUCUCCCCGUGCGCCGGAUGAGCAGCUUAUGAUAGUAUUCUAUGAUAUACUGCUACUUGAUGACAAGAUACUCACCAAUGAACCCCACGGCGAACGACGGCAGGUCCUGGAGGCCACUGUCAAGCGGAGCGAGGGUGAGGCUGACGUCGGCCAUCGCAAUGUCAUCGACUUCGCUUCGAGGAGUGCCAGAAGCGAGCUGCGUGAGUUCUUCGUUCAUGCCAUCAACCAGAGAUGGGAAGGACUCGUUCUGAAAGGAUGCAAGGACCCGUACUUCUCGUGGGGGGCGAAUAGCAGCGUCAUCAAACUGAAGAAAGACUACAUCGCGGGGCUCGGCGAUACGGUUGACCUAUGCAUUGUGGGCGGUCGACGCGAUCAGACUGUGGUGGAUGAGCUAAAGAUUGGUGAGCUCUCAUGGACAUCUUUCCAUCUUGCCUGCAUUGAGAACAAAGACGAAGUAGGGAGGUUCAGUGCUAAGCCUGCGUUUCGCAUAUUGGAUGUGCUGUCUCACCACAACCUUUCCAAGGACAACAUUCUUUAUCUGAACGUGAAAGGCCAAUUUCUGCAACUGUCGUAUUCGGAGAUUACACCACAUCUAGACGUGCGAACCGAUCAGAAAGGGAUGAAGCCACCCACCGUCCUGUUCAAAGAGCCGUUUGUAGUCGAGGUCAUGGGAGCGGGUUUCGACAAACCCUCCAACACAUCCUACUUCACUUUGCGCUUCCCACGAGCACUGAAUGUCAAGAUACACAUGGACAGGUCGGUUGUCGAAACCAACACUUUCGAUGAAUUGCAAGACAUGGCUCAGAAGACUCUGACGCCGUCGUUGGACCAGGAGGAGCAAGAGGAAGCAGGAUGGCUUCAACGUCUGAUCAUGGCUGAUGGCAAAAACCAAAAUAUUGAUGCCAAUUCUCAAAGCACAAGUCCGACGAAAAGCACUCCUAGUUACAAAGGUAGUGUCGGGCCUGGAUGGCGAGAUGUGGGCGUCAUACCACCCACACGCUCACCGGAAAUGUGUUUGAUUACCAGGCUCCCGGACUCACCAGGCGUUCGACGCACGUUGGGGAAUGACCCAGGUCGAAAACCCGAACUAUCCAUAUUGGCGUCACCAUCAGAGUCUAACAGAAAGAGACGCAAAGUGCGUCGUGGGUCUCUCGCGGCCGACAAUCGACUCGAAACAAUCAUCGAGGAAGAUUCCAGAGGUCCUGCCUCUGCAAGAGCUGUGGUUCCCAUGUCUCAUGCUUUGCAGAAAUCUUUGUUGACGAUACCACCAUAUGACCCUCCAGCAAUCUUUCGACCCCUAAGAAAAGCUUCCGCUCGACCAAGCAGCUCCGACCUGUCUAGCCACAAGAGAAGACCACUGUCGGAACUCUCCAACAUCUCGGCACAGCAGCUCCAGAAACGCAAAAUGGCUUCACCAGACCUUGCCGCGAAGAAUGUCGCAAGUAUCGAGUAUGCACCACCAAGCAGUGCUUCUGCUCAACAACCGGUGCGGGAGCAAUUGACAGUUCAUGUGCCAAAGCGUAAGCUCUGUUCAAGUUUGUAUCUACCAGCGGAUCAUUUGGCCAUGCUAGUUCUGGACUCUUGCUGGGUGGACGGCAACAACGACUCUGCGGCCGUCGACGCGCAAUCCCGCCAGACCUGUCCCAUCCACCGACGAGUGUAUAUCAAGGUCAUGAACAAUGCCGGUUUCGAGACCGAGGUCGCUCGCGAGAUAUUCGAUGUAUGUAGGGCGAUCAGGGAAACAUGGAUCAAACAGCAAGAUCAACCCGAACAUCAAUAUACACUUACUAGUAGACGCCAUAUGCCACCGCCAGACCAGAAGAGCACCAAGCAGAAGGUGGUCAUGAUAUUCAAUCAGCGGCUCUCCGAACACGAGUUUCGCACCAAUCCGGGAAAGCGCCACUGCGAUGUCUGCAACGUCUUGAUGGAUCCGCGAAGCCACAAGUUCUUUCUGGCCUGUCACUUCCUCACCUUCGAGGUCGAGACGGCGGUGGUUCCGAGAAGCUCUAUGCCUGAAGAAGCAGCAGCGGCCAUCAGGGGCAGGAAUCCGGGGAGCGACAAUAAUGAAAAAGAACUGCAGAACACUGGUGAAGAGGUUCAGAACGUCGAAACCAUGUCUAUGAGGACCUCUUGGGACUGGGAUGAGACGGUUUUGCGGCUGCCCAGCCGGUCAUGGGUGAAAGUGGCCAGCAGCACCUGUUAG